AUGGCUGGCAAAUAUGGCGCUAAAAUAGUCAAGGGCACUGGCGGUAGAGGCAAGCAUAAGAGUGGAAUCAAGAAGGUUUCUCGGUCUACCAAGGCUGGUCUUCAGUUUCCGGUAGGUCGCAUCGGUCGCUUCUUGAAACAGGGUCGUUAUGCUCAGAGACUUGGAACUUAUUCUCCUGUAUACCUUUCUGCUGUCCUUGAGUAUCUUGCUGCCGAGGUUCUGGAAUUGGCUGGAAACGCGGCGAGAGACAACAAGAAAAAGAGAAUCAAACCAAGGCAUAUUCAAUUAGCUGUUAGGAGUGAUGAAGAAUUGAACAAACUUUUUGGCUCAGUCACAAUUGCAAAUGGAGGUGUUAUGCCUUAUAUUCACGGAGCUUUGCUUCCCAUGAACACUAGCAAAUCUGAGAGCAACAACGGCAAAUAG